AUGGACCAAACCGCCACCCCCUGUUGCCCUUAUCCGCCUCUAUCUAUCAUUGGAAUGCGUCUCUCUCUUUAUGUCACCACCUUCGGAGAGAUUGUAAGGAUAAGCAUCGCUUUAAGGAAUCAGGGUCAGACCAAUAAUGCCGACCCUAAUGAUCUAACCGCCACUACCCUUUCAUGCUCUCCACCGCCCCUGACCGCCACGUAUGUAUUCCCAUCGACUUCUACCGAAUGCUCAGUGCGGAGUCUCACUUCCUCCGAGAAAGAAUUAGAAUAUGUUAUGAAGCUAGGUCUUUGA